AUGGAGUAUUACCCUGCCAUGAAGAGGUAUAUGCUCAAGGCAUUUCUCGGAGAAUGGAUGCACAUGUAUAAAUACAACGCUGUUUCUCUGGACUGUGACGCGGUGUGUGCUGCUCUGCGUGUGGCCGAGCGGUGGCCACUGGCGGAGGCUGCGGCCUGCACGUACAUGCGUGGGACAUUUGUGCACAGACACGCUCCUGAGAAGCUGAGGGGAAAUGGGACGUGGCUGGUGACAGAAUUUGUGCUGGUGGGAUUCUCCAACCUCCCACACCUGAGGACCACCCUCUUCACGUUGUUCCUCCUCACCUACCUGGUCACCCUCAGUGGCAACGUCACCAUCAUCACCAUCAUCCAUGUGGAUGGGACCCUGCACACGCCCAUGUACCGCUUCCUGGCAGUGCUGUCCCUCUCUGAGACCUGCUAUAUGCUGGUCACCAUCCCCAAUAUGCUGGCCCACCUGCUGAUGGAGAGCCAGGCCAUCUCCAUCCCCGCAUGUCGGGCUCAGAUGUUCUUUUUCCUGGGCUUGGGAUGCAGUCACUGCUUCCUCCUUACCCUGAUGUGUUAUGAUGGGUGUGUGGCUAUCUGUCACCCCCUGAGAUACUCAGUGAUCAUGAGACUCACUGUCUGCCUCUGCCUGGGAGCCUUGGUUUUCUGCUCCGGGUUCUCAGUGGCCUUGAUUGAGACCUGCAUGAUCUUCUCCUCACCCUUCUGCCGUGGGGACCGCGUGGAGCACUUCUUCUGUGACAUCGCCCCGGUGCUGAGGCUCAGCUGCACCCAGAGUGCUCACAAAGCCCUGGGCAUCUUCUUCCUGAGUGUCCUUGUGGUGCUGGUCUCUUUCCUCUUCAUCCUGCUGUCCUACGCCUUCACUGUGGCUCCCAUCGUGAGGAUGCCCUCGGCCACCAGCUGCCACAAAGCCUUCUCCACCUGUGCGACACACCUCCCUGUGAACACUUCAUUUGGGUGUGCUGCCUUCGUCUACUUGCAUCUGAACUCCUGGGCCCAACCCCAGAAAGACCACCUGAUGGCGCUGUUCUACAUGGUGGUGACUCCACGGCUGAACUCUGUGGUCUACACCCUGUGCCACAGGGAGGUGAGGGUGGCUCUCAGGAGGAUGCUGACUUGUGGCCACAUGACUUUUCAAUAA